CAAAGCCUUGUAUGAUAUGUUGCGAACUUCUUACGGAAAUAAAAUGAAUAGAAAUUCGAAACGUCAAAAGCUGGAAGAUUCUACAAAGCGUGUUCAACCAGCUUCUGAAUUGGGUCAAAUUAAUAUCAAUGCUGUACAGUCCGCUUGUGACAACCAGUCUUCCCAAAGGGCUGAUCACCAGGAUAUUUGGGAUGCGAGUGCAGAUUUAUUGCUAAAUUCGCAGAACGCUGCAGCAGCACGACAAUUUACGCAUGAUGAAUCUCCCCCACUUGUUAAAUGGAAUGCAUCGAGCCCUGUCACUCACCUUCAUUCAAGAGUUCAACGCAGCCAAAGUGCAGAAGCUUCCUCUUCACCUGAGACCUUUGACAACAAGAAAGCUGCACUUCUCCUCACACAAUCCGCAGACAAAACUGAAGGACCACUGAUAUCACCUCCACAUGCAACCUCAGUGGUUCAAGAGAAGCCUGCAUCUUUCCCGAGUGCCAUGAGGUCUCCGACGACAAAACCCGCCGACACACUGCACUGGCCAAGAUGUUCAAGCCAAGGAUCCGGAAGCCUGUCACCUGCGGACAAAGCAUACAACCCAUUGUCUCCCCAUUGUGCAUGGGCGGAGCCUAUCAUGGAGAGCCACCUCACCAAUGCAACUUCGAAAAGCUUCCAAGGGAACUUGACUCUAGCAGUGAGGGCUGAAGAAUUCAGCAGAGUGCAAGAGGCUGCCUCUCGUGUGGGUGUCCACGUCUCAAAUGCAACCUCAAAUGAUCAAAAGGGUGAUGCUUCAGUUCCACCUUCGGAGGGUCUUCCAGAACAACUCAUUGCCUUGCCUAUUGAAUCAUCUAAACUGUUCAGUGCUCCAUCAAACCUAAUUGAUCAGGCAGGGCUCCAGUGUAAAGCCAGCAAUGAGGUAUCUGCAGGAAUCCAGGCAGUAAAUGGAUUUCCAUCCUCUGAUAUCUACACGACAAAUGGUAACAAGGUAUCAUUCCAGAAGACAAUGAAGGACCGAGUGUGGCAAUUCUAACUUCUUCGUCUCCUGAUGUAACCAGUCCAGAACAGAACACAGCUCCCUCUUUGUCAAUUGAUCCAUCUGGUCCAGAAGUAA